ACAAAAGGAUGCAUCAAGAACUGGUUUUUUUUGUUAGUAAUAGUGAGGAAAGGUGAGAUUCGUUAGUUGAAGCUAAGCCGGUAAGACAAGUGAUGUCAGGUCAAGGAAACUAUGGCCUGCUGUAAUAAUUAUAUACAGAUUGAGUCAAGAUGAGUGGAUGCCUACAAAAGCGAUAUUUUGUGAGAUCAGUAUUCAGUAAGAUUGGGAAAUGGACUUGUCAGUGGAUUAUAGCAGGCAGCCAUGAGUGAAACGUCAUAGUGUGAACCAGCCAUUUUUUUUCUUUGUGCUGACUACGACUACAAGGACCAAAACAUAAUGGGAGAAAGAUCUUUCUUUCCCCUCAUGGUAUUUCAGGAUUAGACCACCAUUGAUGUCUUAUCAAACCGGGGCACAACAUAAGCUGUGGUUUCCAUCCUAGUUUCACCAGGAAACCAUGCAGAUACUCGAGUUUCCAAACAAAACACAGAGCAAGGAAUUGCACAUACCUUCCCUUGGCCUUGCUCUCGUGCUGCUGAUCUCCUUGGCCUGUCCAACCAGUUCCUGCACGGAGCAUGAGAAGACCUCCCUUCGCCGGUUCCUUGCUGGGCUCUCGCGUGACGGCGGCCUCGCUACCUUAUGGCAGGAUGGCACCGAUUGCUGCAAGUGGAGAGGGAUCACCUGCAGGCAAGAUAGCAUGAUCACCAAUAUCAUGCUGGCUUCAAAAGGCCUUGAGGGGCACAUCUCGGGGUCCCUUGGAAACCUCCCCGUGCUGCAGUACCUCAACCUCUCUCACAACUCGCUGUCCGGUGGUCUGCCGUUGGAAUUGGUGUCGUCCAGCAGCAUCACCAUACUUGAUGUCAGCUUUAACCAGCUCAAUGGAAGACUCCACGAGCUGGCAUCUCCAACCCCUGCCCGGCCUCUCCAGGUACUCAACAUCUCGAGCAACUUAUUUGCUGGACAGUUUCCAUCCACCACAUGGGAAGCAAUGGAGAAUCUGAGAGCACUCAAUGCCAGUAACAACAGCUUUACAGGGCACAUACCAACUUAUUUCUGUAUCAGCUCACCGUCCUUCGCUGUGCUUGACCUGUGUUUAAACAAAUUGAGUGGCAAAAUCCCCCGACAAAUUGGUCAUUGCUCCAAGCUGAGAGAGCUCAGGGCCGGGUACAACAACAUCAGUGGAGAAAUCCCAGAUGAACUCUUCAAUGCAACUUUGUUGGAAUACCUGUCUUUUCGUAAUAAUCAUUUAAAUGGAGUUCUUGAUGGUGUGCACAUAACCAAGCUCAGAAAUCUAGUAGCACUUGAUCUUGGAGGGAACAACUUCAGUGGCGAGAUUCCAGACUCCAUCGGCCAGCUCAAGAAACUGGAGGAGUUCCAUCUGGACAACAACAAUUUGUCAGGGGAGCUGCCAUCAGAUCUAAGCAACUGCACGAAUCUCGUAGCAAUUGAUCUCAAGAAAAACAAUUUCAGUGGACAGCUCGGCAAGGUCAAUUUCUCCAACCUGCCAAAUCUAAAGACAUUAGAUGUUUACUUCAACAACUUCAUCGGCACAGUUCCAGAAAGCAUAUACUCUUGCAUCAAUCUGACUGCACUGCGGCUAGCUGAGAACAACUUCAGUGGGGAGCUGUCACCACAAAUGGGCAAGCUGAAGUACCUCACCUUCAUCUCAAUUACAAACAAUCAUUUCAAUAACAUCACAAAUACACUUCACAUCCUUAAGAACUGCCGGAACCUUACCACCCUGCUUAUGGCUCUCAACUUCAGGGGAGAGAUCAUGCCAGAGGAUGACAAAAUUGAUGGUUUUGUGAAUCUUCGGGUUUUGGGCAUCUCGGGAUGUUACUUGACUGGAAACAUACCUGUUUGGAUAUCGAGCCUUGCAAAUUUAGAGCUGUUAGACUUACAUCAAAACCAACUCAAUGGAUCAAUACCAGCUUGGAUUGAAACCCUAAGCAAACUCUUUUACCUAGAUAUAUCAAACAACAGACUCACAGGGAGAAUUCCAACAGCACUGAUGAAUAUGCCAAUGCUAAUGUCAUGGACUGAAACCCAGCUAGACCCAAGUGUCUUUGAGUUGCCUGUUUAUACAGAUCCAUCACUUCAAUACCGCAUACCCAUUGCUUUCCCUAAAGUGCUAGAUCUAAGCAACAAUACAUUCACUGGUGAGAUCCCCAUGGAGAUCGGUCACUUGAAAGCCCUCUUUUCUCUCAAUUUCAGUUUCAACGGCUUGACAGGAUGGAUCCCACAAACAGUAUGCAAUCUCACAAACCUGCAGGUGCUCGACUUGUCCAACAAUGAUCUCACAGGUGCAAUCCCAGCUGCAUUAAACAGCCUGCACUUCCUUUCAGCAUUCAACAUUUCUAACAAUGACCUAGAAGGGCCUAUUCCAUCUGGAGGCCAGUUUAAUACAUUUCAGAAUUCUAGUUAUAUUGGGAAUCCAAAGCUGUGUGGCUCUCUGCUAACUCACAAAUGUGGUUCAGCUCCAACACCUCUUAUCUCCAAAAAUCAUCGGGAUAAGAAGGAGACUCUUCCAAUUACAUUUGGUGUGUUCUUUGGGGGCAUCGCUGUUCUUCUGUUGCUGGGACGUCUCCUUGUGUUAAUCAGGAUGAAGAGCUUGACAACAAAAAAUGGAAGGGAGAGUAACGGAGAUGUUGAAGCAACUUCAAUCCACUCAAGUUCAGAGCAAACGUUGGUGGUUAUGUGGAUGCCACAAGGCAAGGAAGAAGAAAACAAGCUCAAAUUCACUGAUAUUCUGAAAGCUACAAACAACUUUGACAAGGAGAACAUCAUUGGAUGUGGAGGCUAUGGAUUAGUCUACAAGGCAGAGCUACCUGAUGGCACCAAGCUGGCAAUCAAAAAGCUCAGCGGUGAAAUGUGUCUGAUGGAAAGGGAGUUCAGUGCAGAGGUUGAUGCACUCUCCAUGGCACAACAUGAAAAUCUUGUACCUCUGUGGGGUUACUGCGUCCAUGGAAAUUCAAGGCUCCUCAUAUAUUCCUACAUGGAGAAUGGCAGCCUGGAUGAUUGGCUUCAUAACAGGGAUGAUGACGAUAGCUUAUUUCUUCACUGGCCAACUCGGCUCAAGAUCGCACAAGGAGCAAGCCUGGGCCUUUCAUAUAUCCAUGAUGUCUGCAAACCUCAAAUUGUCCACCGUGACAUCAAAUCCAGUAACAUCCUGCUGGACAAAGAAUUCAAAGCUUAUGUUGCAGAUUUUGGGCUAGCCAGAUUGAUCCUUCCCAAUAAAACUCAUGUUACUACUGAGUUGGUUGGCACUAUGGGUUACAUUCCCCCUGAGUAUGGGCAGGCAUGGGUUGCUACGUUGAGAGGUGAUAUAUACAGUUUUGGGGUAGUCCUCCUUGAGCUGCUCACAGGAAGGCGACCUAUUCCUGUUCUGUCUACAUCAAAAGAACUUGUCCCAUGGGUUCUACAGAUGAGGUCUGAGGGUAAGCAGACUGAGGUAUUUGAUCCAACACUUCAAGGAGCAGGGUAUGAAGAGCAAAUGCUGAAGGUGCUUGAAACUGCUUGCAAGUGUGUCGAUAACAAUCAAGUCAGGAGGCCAGAUAUCACAGAAGUAGUCUCCUGCCUGGCCAGUAUAGAAGCUGUCAGCCACGUUGGAUGAAUUUCGCAUGACAGAUAAUAUUGUACUUUUGGUGCACAGGGUAGAUGUAGUUUUCCCAGCUUCACUAUAAGUAGUAAUUCUGAGUUUUGACUAGCCUUACAGUUUAUUUUUGUAGAGCACCCAACAGAUUGCCAUUUUGAAUUAAUGUACUUUUUUGGGAAAGCCUUUUUCCUAGUUCAUCUUCCUUUAUGGUGUUUCUUGAAGUGUUAUGUAUGUUCAAGCUUCACAGGAGUGGGAAAAGGAAUAAACAAGUAAGACGAUUGCCUUGUUCGUUCAGUGAGAGUAAAAAUGGUUUCCAUCAACAUCAAGUGCAGAUACUACGUGUUGUCAGCUGUUUGCUUCAGAUUAAGGGAAUAGCAGGAAACCACCAGAGUUGGAUUGGUAGAUAUAUACUCCC